AGCCCAUUCGUCCGUUUCGAAAUUCUUUAUGACAGACGGUUCUUUUAUUUAGCUCCUAUUUCUGUAUUUACCCCCCCCACGAUGUUCGUAAUUCCUUCCUUCUAAGCGCCGACCUCCGUCGAAUCCCAUUUCCUCCGUCAAUCUGAAACUUCGGAUAAACCCUAGAAACAGACAGUGAAUUCAGAAAGCCUGGAUCGAGAGACAAAGGUUUUGAAGUUGCUUCUGUUCGAUCGAAUUCAAGUGUGCUGCUAUGUCGUCUCCCGCAGAAUUCUAUAAUUCUCUACCUCCCAUAUGCAAGGCUUAUGGGACUAUCUGUUUGCUGGCUACUACAGCAUUCCAUUUGGGGUUGUAUCAUCCUGCACACAUCGCAUUAUCAUAUCAAUUAAUUUUCUCGCGUUUCCAGGUGUGGAGGCUAGUUACAAACUUCUUUUUUCUUGGAAAAUUUUCUAUCAAUUUUGGAAUUCGUCUGUUGAUGAUAGCCAGAUAUGGGGUCCAGUUAGAGCAAGGACCUUUUGGAAGCCGCACAGCAGAUUUCCUAUGGAUGAUGAUAUUUGGAGCCCUUUCAUUGCUGGCAUUAGCAGCUAUUCCUAUGUUAUGGACUCCCUUCUUGGGAGUUUCUUUAGUAUUCAUGCUUUUAUAUGUCUGGAGCAGAGAGUUUCCUAAUGCUCAAAUCAACAUAUAUGGACUCAUUGCGCUUAAGGCAUUUUAUUUGCCAUGGGCAAUGCUUGCUUUGGAUGUCAUUUUUGGUUCUUCUAUCCUGCCAGACCUUUUGGGAAUCAUUGCGGGGCAUCUAUACUACUUUCUGACAGUGCUGCAUCCUCUUGCUGGUGGGAAGAACAUAUUGAGAACUCCAGCAUGGGUGAAUAAAUUUGUUGCACGCUGGGGGUUGGGAUAUCGGGGAAAUGUUCGUGUGCAGCCUCAGCCCGAUAGGGCUUCUGGGGCGGCUUUCAGAGGAAGAAGUUACCGGCUUAAUGAUUGAGAGUAAUUUUCCAGCAUGCCUGAAGCUGUCCAUUUUGUAUCAAUGUGAUUGCAGCUCAUAGACAGUGGGUCGGACUAGAGAAGCAAAUUCGACGUACACUGGGAAAUCAGAAAGCAGUAUCAAUCAGAGGGCUGAGAGAAUUUAUUUGGUGCUUCUUGCAUAUUUUGCUCAGUUGUAAUUGUAACUUAAGAGGCUGGUUUUCAGUUGGGGCAAUCAUGUUUUGUUGAUGGAAAGAACUUCGUUAGAUAUAAAAUUUGUUUUUUCAAAGGUUUCCA